AUGCCGACGACGAUGUCGAACUCUUCCCCACUACUGAACCCGAUCCACGUGCCUCGACCGACGGCACCUUCCAUCUCUGGUUUCGUGCCUUCAACGCUCGCGCCGUCGUACUCGAUCCACCACGCGCACGUGCUCCGACUGCACGACGUGUUGCUGCACCUCUUGUCGCUCGCGCCCAGUCGCACCAACUCGGAGCAGUGCCUCCGCGCGUGGUACCUGCUCGCACAGUGCCACCAGCUCGAUCUCACCUCCUUGUAUCGACUGGGUGGUCUCGUACUGGCUCGGUCUGGUGUUGUCGAUACCGAUCCAUCCGCCCACGGCCACGAUGAGCGCGACGACGACGACGACGAAGAGGACGAGCGAGUGAAGCGUGUUGCCCGCAUGAGGGCCGAAUGGUACAAGGCCAAUCUGACGAGUGGUACACAGCGAGACGAUGCUACGCACAAGAUCGAUCGACUGCAGGAGUUUGUUCUCUCGCUUGCAUCGAGCGGCCAGUCCGCGCUCGCCUUGGAGGAGCUGCAGAGGUCCGUGCGCUGUUGCCCUUCGCGCAAAUGGCCGCCGUUUUUUCCUUACGUGUCCCGCCUUCCCGCUUGGGCCCACUCUUUCCUCGCUUCUGCGCCUCUUCUCGUGCAGUUAUUUGCCCGCACACCCUUACCAUGACUCGAUCCAACUACACGUACUAGAGGGUCAACUCGCUCUGCUUGUCGCACAAUCGCUCAGCGGAGGACCGCCUCCACACACGUCGUCGUCGUCGUUGGCUGCGAAGCGCACCUCGUCACGGCCGCAUCACCUCGACCUCGACAGCGACUCGUCCUCUUCUUCAGACGAGUCGGUCUCGCAUCAGCGGCCGCACACCACCGCAGGAGCAUCAUCAACAACCCUCAGUGCUUCUGACGCGGACAGGGCAGACCAACAUGCACGAUCUCGUCAGUCCCCUUCUGCAUCUGUGCCCCCAGCCUAACUUUUUCCUCCUGGCUGACCUGACGGAGCUCCCUCCCUCUCGACUUCGAUAGGCGACCGCGCAACCUAUCGCUUCCUGACCUAUGUCGCCUCAUCUUCUCCGAUCCUCUACGACCAGGCUAAAGAGGCUUUCCGACAAGCGUCGCGCCUACACCGCAAGCACAAGUCCGCCGUGACCUUGCACGAUGAAGGCACGCGCUGGCUCAACCUGAUGACCGCCGCCGAGGCGCACCAGCUCAAGCGCUCCAAACAAGCCAUCGACACGCACUCGCCAUGA